AAAUAAGAAACAUGCCAAACAGAAACAAACAUUGCAGCCUAGAGAAGAGACAAAAGAGUCAUUUCUCACUGUCUAUUUUCAGACUCUCACACUUCCUUAAAUCUUCAGUUACGUCACCUCAUGAAUAUUCAGCGUCUUAUUGUUGCGUGCCUGAGCUGUGCCUGGUACCCUCGAGCUGACGCGUGCCGUCCUAUUCACACACAGGAUAUAAAUCAGCACUGUUUCUACACAGUAAAACACUGAAGAGUUGUUGGAGGUCCAUUAGAUGACAUGAUAAGCUCUGCCGCAAGUGGCGCUGCGGAUUUCCCACCGUCUGCGGACAGCGGUGACGGGAGGAGGGGACCGCGCACUCCAUCACCCGGACAAACCCCAUCCACACCGGCGUCCAGACUCAGCGGCAGCCGGUCCUCAUCAAGCACCGCGCCGAGGCCCGGAGGAAAAGGAACCAGAGAACCCGAGGGAGAUCAUGCGCGUUUGGUGAGGGUUCGAGGCGCGGCCGCUGUUCGUGGUGCUGAAACUGGGGCGGGGACGGAUGCGGUUUGGGAAACCGAGCAAAGGAUCGAACGCCCUCCGCAAUCGGACUCACGUCGCUCGCUGCGUUUACCGUGCGUCAGGAGAAACGCGUCGCAGGAGCAAAGCGGCGCUGUUGUGAGGGGGAGAGCGAGAGAAAGCGAGGCCGCUGCGGGCGGAGAGUACGUGGGCUGCGGGCCGGCCUUCUGUCUGCAGACCGAACUCAUUCACUUUCACAUCAACAAUCGCUUCAGGAGAGUCGGCAGGAUGCAGCGCAAAGCGUCAGAAGAGACGCGGCCGGGAUCCGACGCGCAGGCCGCUAGCGUGACCGCCGAGUCCGUGACACAGCAGAAUGAAAACCUGCAGGAUGAGAUCGAGAGACUGGAGGAUGAAAACGAGGAGCUUAAGAAUGAGAUCGAGGAGAUGCGGACUGAGAUGGAAGAGAUGCGCGACACCUUUUAUGAGGAGGACACCUGUCAGUUACAAGACAUGCGCCGUGAACUGGAGCGAGCCAACAAGAACUGUCGCAUCCUGCAGUACAGACUCCGCAAAGCUGAACGCAAACGUCUGCGCUACGCACAGAGCGGCGAGAUCGAUGAGGAUCUGCUGAGGAGCUUAGAGCAAGACUUGAAGGUUGCCAAGGAUGUGUCUGUAAGACUUCACCACGAGCUGGAGAACGUGGAGGAGAAACGAACAAAGACCGAAGAAGAAAAUGAGCGACUGAGACAAAAACUUAUCGAGGUGGAAGUCACCAAACAAGCUCUGCAGAAUGAACUUGACAAAGCCAAAGAGUCUCAGAAACGAAGAGGCAGCAAAGACGCCCAAAAGCCUGAGAGGAAGAUUCAGACUCCUACAGAGGAGGACAACGAUGACUUGAAAUGCCAACUAGCCUUCAUCAAAGAAGAAGCUACUUUGAUGAGAAAGAAAAUGGCAAAGAUCGACAAGGAAAAGGAUCGCUUAGAUCAAGAACUAAAUAAGUAUCGCUCCUUCUAUGGAGAUCUGGACAGCCCCCAUCCAAAGGGGGAAGCCGGUGGUCCUCCCACGACCCGAGAAUCGGAGCUGAAACUCCGCUUGAGAUUGGUGGAAGAGGAAGCCAACAUCCUGGGCCGCAAAAUCGUCGAGCUGGAGGUGGAGAACCGUGGCCUGAGGGCGGAGCUAGAGGAUCUCAGAGGGGAUGAGUCAUCUAACGGGGGUCUGUCCGGAGCGGAGGGAGGAAUGGGGCGCGAGCAGGGGUCAGAGGUGUCGGAACUUAGGCAGCAACUCCAGCUGGUGGAGGAUGAGGCAGAACUUCUGCGGAAUAACCUGGCAGACGUAGAGGAGCAGAAUAAGAGGGUGACGGUCGAAUUGAACAAACUGCGUUUUAAAGAGGGCACAAGGCACGCUUCAGGUGGGAACGCGACGGGCGGAGCGGGAGAUGGCACCAAAAACGAAGCCUUGCAGGAGGAGCUCAAGACCGCCAGGAAGCAAAUCAACGAACUGAGCGGGAAAGUCAUGCAGUUGCAGUAUGAGAACCGCGUGCUGCUUUCCAACAUGCAGCGCUAUGACCUCGCAUCUCACCUAGCCGUCACGCCGCGCGACAGCGAUGCGGAAAGUGACAGCGGUCCUGGAAUCGGGGGACGCAGGGGUAGUGACGACGACUCGUCUUCCUCCCGCCUCCCUCCCCAUCGUAAGCGUGAGGGUCCUGUUGGUGGAGAGAGUGACUCGGAGGAGGUCCGCAAUGCUCGCUGUCUCACGCCAACUCGCUCUCUUUAUUCGCCCGACUCCGCCCGCCUGUUUUUGCGCUCCAUACGGGACAGGCAACAGAUGAUCGACAUCCGCUCCGAAGCUGAGCGAUUGGGACGAACCAUUGACCGACUCAUAGCCGACACUAGUAACAUCAUAGCGGAGGCGCGGGUGUUUGUGGCCAACGGGGAUCUUUUCGGCUGUACGGACGAUGAUGAAGAUGGAGGCCGGAUCAGGGAGCACGAGCUACUUUAUCGCAUCAACGCUCAGAUGAAGUCCUUCAGGAAGGAGCUCCAGGGGUUUAUAGACCGUCUAGAACUCCCAAAACCUGAGGAUAGAGAUUCAGAGGAACCAUUGUCUAUGUUUCAGCCCAUCAUUUUGUUUAUUCUCAUUUUAGUCUUGUUCUCCUCACUUUCUUAUGCUACCAUUUUUAAACUUGUGUUUCUUUUUACCCUCUUUUUUGUCCUGUGAUCAGCACCCUUCCUCUCAUUAGCAUAGUUUCGCCCCUUUCUUUCGUUUUCUUGUCGAUGUCCGUAUGUCACCACGGUUGCAGAAUCACAGGACGGUCACUUUCCACGCAAAGGCUGCACGAUAAAGCACAGACGUCUGCAAAACCCAAUUUUUACACUCGCAACUGGGUCUAAAUCAUCCAUAUCGCAAACAUAGAGAUUAUGGCUGCGAUUUGAAGAUGCAUCACCAGGACCACGGCAUUGCUCAAACCUGAAGACAUCAGUACCUUGCAAAAGCUUGGUCAACUGGAAACUACCCAUCAUUUAUUUCAUUUAAUCUAUGCAAGACUAACACAUUUGAGGUCCAACCAUUCCAGCAUUCAGGAUCGCAGUUGCCCAGUCGGUGCAUGCAACCAUGAAUGUACCGUAUACGACCUGGACACUGCUAUUUGUGCUUCAUGGACACUCAGUUCUGGAAACCGUUUUGAUCCAAUCAUCCGAGCUGUAAAUGUCAUGUGAUUGAUCGCUCCAUAUUAAAACUCCAGCAGCAGACAAUGAAGUUUAUUUCACAUCUUAAGAGCCCUCCAGACAAAUCGAUUACUCAUGAAACAUCUACUAUAACACGAUGACAUUUACGUGAAUUAUAUUGAACUUAAAACCUGGCCGAUUUUGAAUGGACAUCAAUGGAGAAAAAUACUUUUAACUGCAAAAUGGUGCAGUUACGACAUCUACAGUAUCAGCAGGGACCAAACUGUUAUUUACCAGCCAAACAUUGACACCAUGAGACUACAGGAACAUAAAGUAGAUGCGCAAACUGUGCAUUUGCCAAUCCAUUAAUACCUGGACCUGCACCCAUGGGAUAUCAAAUAAAUGAUGGCUUGACAGAAAGAAUAUA